GAGGCGUGGUUGUUUGAAGCUUUCAAUUGUGGAGGUGGCACUACGGUUUUUGAUCAUGGUAGUGCGACCGAGCCCAUCAAAGAUGAAGAGGAGCUGUUUGAAUCUUCGCCGGAGGAAGCAGAGUGUUUCCAUUCUUCAAAUGAAGAAGAGGAAUGUUUCCCCACUUCUGGAUCAGGCGAGUGUGUUUUUGGCUCGGACUCUGAAGUGGAUCAGUGCGCGGACACACCUCCUGCUACAAAGCGUGCACGCUAUGCAGAUAGGAGGCCUGAGCAUUAUAUGUUUGCAGGGUCCGAAGUCUGCAAAGGGGCACUGGCCCGUCUCAUUGGAGUCGGAAACUCGACGCUUGGGAAACUUCGUAGAGGCGAAGCAGUGUUCACCAAUUCCUCCAGGCCACGCCUGCCCAGGCACCCGAUGUUCAAGUUCACAAUCAGGGGCGGAGAGCAAGCUCUGUGGCAGAACGUGGUGAUGUGGUUUUGGUAUAUAUACCAUCGCUUUGCAGAAGUGAUGCCCACUGGCUUCGCUGUGCCAGGUGAAAGAGUGCCCGAGUCUCCGUUUCCUGAGAAAGAAGACAAAGACACUGAUUUGGGCGCUGUCCGCUACCUUCCCCACACUAGUCGAACGGAGUUGUACUGGGAUUAUGUCGCAUAUUGCGAAAGCAAGGGAGAGCGUGCAGCAUCCCACAGUCAGUUUUUUCGAGUUUGCAAUCCCAUCCUCAAACCGGGGGCUCGCGAGGGGCAUCUAAGAUUCAGAAAGGAGGGGGAUCACGCUCAGUGUGAUCAAUGUUAUUCCCUCCGGCAAAAGAUUGCCGCAGCAAAGACUACAGAGGCCAAAGCUUCAGCUCAGCGAGACCAUCAGCGCCAUGUCAUCGCUCAAUGGCUGGACAGACAAAUUUAUUGGUCGUUUAGAUCACUCAGUCAGGCUGCUUUUGAGGCAAUGGCUCAGAUGGGAAGCAGGCAGGCGUUGGCAACUCUGUCAAUAUCCCAGUCAGUCAUGACUUGCAUGGCUGACGGGAUGGACCAAGCGAAGUACAAAUGUCCAAGGAUUCGAGGUCGCUUUUCAAAGACCUUUACAAAGCUCUGGCGUCCUUCCUUGCACGUCAGUGCACAAGCCGCGAUCAUAAGCCGACAUGAGUUUAGCACACCGCUAGAAGUUGUGGAGCUGAUGGAUUCUUCCUUUAGACCAGCUUUGAGCGGAGAACUUCACCGAAAGAAAGCCAAACCGGUUAAAGUUCGGGCGGUAGCUUCGAAGCUGGACGAAGUGGCUGAGUGGAAAGCCUGGGGACAGUUGCGGUUCUGCUUGAGAAUGGACUGCGAUCCUUCUUCCUUUGGCCGUUGUCAAGUGGAAGAAUUGUCUGGCCAUGUGCCCCACGGUUCAGAUGUUUUGGUUUUCAUCAAGAAGUGGAUGGCAGACCCGGAGCCCGUUCGAGUGAUUUGCUUGGUACCUGCCAGAGUUUGCCUUGAGUUGAGGAACGCUUUCCAGCAGCCAGUUGGAAAUCAAAACAGACGAGCAAUUGGAGAGCAAGUUCGCCAGAACAUCCAAACCUACGCACCGCAAUGCUGCAGGCAGAAGAGCAUUCACCCAGAUGCCUUGGCUUACCUCACUCAAUGGGUGGAUGGGACGCUGCAAAAAUUCGUGGUAAAGUUCCUUUGCGAGAACGAACCCUUCAAGCAGAAGUAUUUGGCAAACGCGUUUGGUGAGCCACUCUUGUUCGCGGACAUGACUGAGUUGGGAAGUGGUUGGGCCCGAGACUACAGAAGCGGAGAGUACAAGCAUGUGCAACUUUGCUUGGUGGGGUACCCAUGCAAAUCGCUCUCUAUGCAGAAUCAUUCUGCCAAGUCCUUCAGGGAUGAGAGCAGCACUUCCGGCAGAGGGUACCAGAGUAUGAUGCGCUUCGUUGACUACGCUCGUCCGACUAUCCUUUGCGCUGAAAACGUAGCUGCAAUGCAGCACAGCAGGAAGCGAUUUGAAAAUGAAGUUCCGAUACAAAUUCAGGGGGAGGCUUUUGAGCGCAAGGGGUACGCCGCGUUUCACGAACUCCUUUGCUCCAGCCACUUCGGACUGGCGCAGCAGCGGUCUCGGGUGUGGGCGGUGUACUACAAGAAGAAGUUGGAGCCUGAGCCGAGUGGCACGCCUCAGAGCAACCCCUUGGACAUUGUCAAGUUGUUCAAGUGCAAGAGCUACGAUAUCGAGAAUUUUCUCCUCCCUCCUGGUACCAGCGAUGUUGCCCGUGGGCGCGUGAGAGCAGACCCGGCUAAGAGGAAGAGGAGCGAUUUGAAGCUCAAAAUCCGUGGAUUCCAGCUGAGUUUGACGGAGAGGGAAUUGGCGAUCCUGUCGGUCGCGGUGACGGAGUUGCAGAAUAUGGGGAAGUGUCCGUUCUCGGAGACAUACGUUAUCCAGGUCGACCCUAGGGACCAGAAUUUUUGCCGGAGCACCUACAGCCGGACCAAUCCCCGGCUGUGCCCAUGUCUCUUGCCGAAUGGCAAGUAUGUCAUCACUGGCCGCUUUACCAUUUUGACCAGUCAGGAGAAAGCGCGGCUCCAAGGAGUAGGCCGCUCUGAGUUCGACCGGUAUUCGAUGAAGAACCUGACAGCAAGCCAGCUCAGCAACAUGGCAGGGAAUGCGUUCUGUCCUCAGGUUGCGAACCAACAAAUUCCACUGAGGCCAUGUUCAAAAUUGUUCAAACAUCGUUCAAUGCUUGAGGUAAAUAGAUUGUCUUUUUGA